AUGGCCGCAGCUCCAGAAACACGCCCCCAGAUCGAGGAUUCAUCAGUGGAACGUAUGCGUGCAUUGGCGACACGUGCAUUGCAAACGCCGUUCAGCUUGUCGCACACAAAGGAAGAGUUUCGAGAAGAGGCGGGACAGAUAUCCAACAUUGUCGAGAAUGCGAACCCAGAGGAUCCGAGAAUGCUUGCUAUUGAAGUUGAAGCGCACAAACAAUAUGCGACGAAGCUCAAGCUCAAGUAUCAGGAAAAGACGGCAAAACUCAAGCUCUCAUCCCUUUUGUGUCAGGACGAGCCUCCAGACUUGUCUCCAGAGGCGAUGGAGGAACUAAGAACAGAAGAAGCUGCCGCAAAGGAAAGACUCAAGCAGAAAAAGGAAGUUUUGAACGACGCUUAUGACAGGAUGAGGGUUCUCAUUCCCGAGUGGCAGAAGCAACACUCAGAAAUGGUCACAAAAGCGGAGAGGACCGAAAAGAUGGCACGAGAAAUACAGGCCGCCAAACUAGAGCUUGCCCAAUUGCGGGCGCGACAUCCCGAGCCACGAAUGACGAUUGACGAAGCCUCGGCAAUAUAUGAUCAACAAACGGACAGGAAUAUUGCAUUGACAGAGCAACGUGAUGCUCUCGUGGAGAUGGCAGCAAGCCAAAAGGCUCGGACCGAGGCUGAAGCGGACAGACUGCGGUCUUUGCGAGAGGACGUGAUGAAAAAGGAAAGAGAGGCAGACCGGAUACAGCAAAAGGCGAAGCUCAAGGGUCAGGGAGCUCUCGUCCCAGAUUGGCUUGCGAGCUAUUCUGAAUUCUUAAAGUCGCAAACGAGCAUCUCCUCUAUACACCAAGAGACGGAUAACGAACUGAGGUUAUCACUCCGGCCACCCGGCUUCACGCAACCAGCCGUACUUUCUGUCGUUUUUGAUCCGACAACUUACACACUUGCGACUGCACAAUUGAUGGACUCCCCGGUCGACAUAGACCUGGAGCCGAUGAGUGCAUGCAUCGCCAAGAAUGAUUUCCCGCAACUGGUGCGGCUCGUUUGCCAGCGGCUUUCUCUUGCGGCGCACCCUUCCAGGUAG